ACUGAAGUUUUAGAAAAAGCCAAUUUUUCUACAAUAACCAAACUUUUUGACAGCUCAAUGUUUCUCCUGUGGCCCGACGGUGUUCGUCAUGAUGACGUCCUCCUAUUUUUAAGCGAUGCUGCGCCAUACAUGAAGAAAGCAGGUACAACUAUCAAGGCUUUGUACUCCAAGAUGAUCCAUAUUACUUGUAUAGCACACGGAUUACAUAGAGUGGCAGAAAAUAUUCGGAGUCAUUUUCCUAGAGUUGAUAAAUUAGUGGCAAAAGGAAAGCAAGUAUUUUUAAAAGCACCUUCACGUGUUUUAUUUUUUAAGACAGAAGCUCCCGGAGUCCCUCUUCCUCCCGAACCUGUACUUACACGUUGGGGUUCUUGGAUUGAAGCUACUUCUUAUUACUGCCAAUAUUUUAAGCAAGUACGAGAUGUUAUGCAACAUUUUGAUUCUAACGAUGCUGUAUCUAUAAAAGAAUCUCAAGCCCUUCUAAAUGAAAUUUCAAUGGAACCAAAUUUGACUUUUAUAGAUUCAAAUUAUGGGUUUUUACCAUCAACCAUAACUAAAUUAGAAUCACAAGGUGUAUCACUAACUGAUUCAGUAACAACAGUAAUGUUCACAAAAAAUAAAUUGGACGAAGUAGCGGGUGACGUUGGAAUGAAAGUAAAAACAAAAUUUAACCAAGUUUUAGAAAAAAACUCUGGGUUUGCAAUAAUAUUAAAAAUUUUAAAAAUUUUGAAUGGAGAAAAAAGUUCAUCGAUGGAUGGUUUACCAGAAGACCUAACGGGAAAUGAUUUAACAUUUUAUAAAUAUGCACCAGUAACAUCAACAGACGUCGAAAGAAGUUUUUCUCGGUAUAAAACCAUACUGGCCGACAAUCGGCGAUCAUUCGACGUGGAAAAUAUUAAAAAAACAUUAGUUGUGCAAUGCAAUAAUUUAUCAGGAUAAAUCAAAAAUUCGAGAUUGAAGAAAACCAUACUAACAAUCGGCGAUUAUUCGACGUAGAAAAUAUUUAAAACAAAAUUAAUUGUGCAAUACAAUGAUUUUUAUAUUUCUUUUAUAUCUAAUUUUUUUAUUUUAAUAUAAUAUAAUUCAAUUUUUUUUGUGCAUAUUAUGUUGCAUAUUUAAUGAAUUUGAAUGCAUAUUUUCAAUUUUUGAUGUGCAUAUUUGCAUGCAUAUUUUUCCAAUUUCACC